GAGCAUUUGCGCGUAAUGCAUAUGCUAUGGAAAGCCCGUUGUUAUCGAAAGGCGUUAAGCAAGGAGGACAAAGACCAUUUUGAGUUAAAGAUUCUUGCCGAGUCUUUGUUCAAGAAUAAGAAGAAAUCUUACGCAAAGAGUGUAGGUCCGAGAUUUGUAACCGAUCGUCUCGGUGAGGAGUACAAAGCACUGCGACAGAGCUUUACGAAUAACAUUUUGACAUCCGGAGAAAACAUAAAGUACGCCACUCCCGUCAUUAAAUACGAUCGGCAUGGGUAUAAGCCACGCGAGAGAGUACUCAUUUUAACACAGAAUGCCGUAUACAUUCUCGACACCCUUAAAACCUUCAAGCUUAAGCAUCGUCUACCUUACAAGGCUAUCGAGGAGUUGGUCGUUACCAGGGAGUCGGAUAAUUUACUCGUCGUUAGGAUACCACCCGAAUUGAAAAAGGAUAAGGGUGAUUUGAUCUUGGAAGUUCCGCAUUUAAUAGAAGCGUUAACGAAAGCGAUCGAUAUCACCAAUCCGAAUAUUCUUAAAAUCGUCAAUACCGAAUCUGUGUCCCACAAACUAGUCAGCGGUAAGGAGGGAGUCAUUGAAGUUAGGACCGGCGCCACUCCGGCGAUCAGUAAAAAUCGAGAGAGUGGACAUUUAUUAGUGGUCGCUUCCCCGUAAAACUAUCCCAAGAGGAUCUCUCGAGAACCGGAAGAACCGGUGCCACGAUGUUUGGAGCAGCCUUAACACAAUGUGAUUUAGAAAAUACGCAACAGAACAUUAAGAAGAGAUAAUAUAUGACAUUUUAAUACAUCUUUAAAUUACUCCGGCGAUUUUGUCACCUUAUCACGAAAGGGUGAUAAAAUGACAGUAUACAGGUCUUUCAUUCCGACGUACAGAUUACGUCAGAAUUGUUGAAAGUAUGGAAGGCCCAGAGUGCCAUAAGGCCUCCUGUAUAAUAUUUCCUUGUAAAUUAGGUAAUAUUAUUAAACGAUAUUUAUUCUGA